CAAGUAAAAGGCCACAGUGGUUAUUUCGGAUGUGACAAGUGUGUCCAGAAAGGUAAGCAUCCCAACAAAAUCACUUUUCCAGAUAUAGAUUCUGAUUUAAGAACUGAUGCACAGUUUGAUGAAAUGGCCCAAAUUGAACAUCACUUGGCAACCUAUCCAUUUACAGAACUUAAUAUUGGAAUGGUAAGUCAGUUUCCAUUAGAUUUCAUGCAUCUGGUGUGCCUAGGCGUCAUGAAACGUCUUCUUUCAUUUUGG